AUGAAAGAAAGGAAGGAUCUCUGGAAUGAUCUAAAGGAUAUUCACUCAAUGAUAGAGGGUCCUUGGAUUAUUCUAGGGGAUUUCAACUAUAUUCUUGAUGUAAAGGAAAGUAUAGGAUCUCCUGUUAGGGAAAGAGAAAUAGAAGAUUUCAGAGCUUGUAUGCAACAUUGUGAGUUGCAGGACAUCAAGUAUAGUGUUAAUAUUUUCACAUGGAACAAUAAGCAAGAGGGGACAGCAAGAGUAUUCUCAAAGAUUGAUAGAGGGAUGCUCCCUGGUUUUCUAGAAUUGGUUGAUGAAACCUGGAAAAGUGAUAUUCAAGGGACUAAGAUGUACAAAGUCUCUCAAAAAUUGAAGAGAGUGAAAGCUGCCCUAGUAAAAAUGAGAAAAAAUGGGAAUGCUAAUAUUGAGGUGAAAUUCAGGAAAGCAAAGGAUGAGCUGGAUAAACUACAGACAUGUUUGCACUCUCAUCCUCAAGAUGUGAAUGCAAGAGAGGCUGAGAAAGAAGCUAGAGAGGAAUAUAACUCAGCUCAAGAGUUAUACUUCUCAUACUUAAGGGAAUGGAUCGGUGAUCCUAUUAAGGUUCCUGAUGCUUUCUUGGAGUACUAUGAGAAUUUGCUAGGUACUGCAGCUACAAACAAGAAAACAGUUGACCUGGCAGUUGUUAGAAGUGGUCCUAUUCUGACUCAAGACAUGGCUGAUAGCUAA